UCCACGUUUAUACCCGUAAUAACUGUAAACACACACAAAACGCGACCGACUGACACCGUCCUGCCUGAUCGUUCGCAAACAACUUUCUUCUAACAAGGUAAAAUGAUGGAGCUGGAUCGGCGCUUGCUGGUAGCGCACUGUGUUGCCCACGCCCUGUCCGUUAUCGCCGGGCUGUUGGUUGUGGUACCGCUGGCACUGAACGGCUCGGCGUUUAAAGGGAGGUGUGCGCUGUUCAGUCAGGGCUUCUGGACGACAGAGAACGGCAGUGGGAGAGGAACCGGACCGGGAGCAGUGGAGCAUUUAGUGAUGCAGCAGUGGGGUCCUCCCGCAGCAUGUCAGUUCGCAACGUUUGUGGGUGUGUUUACUGUUCUGUACGGUGCUACACAGAGCUGGAGGAGUUUAUUCUACCUGCACCGCCGCCACGAUGAUACCUUGUUUUCGGCAUUUCUUACACUGCUACUGAGCCUGUGUGUGCUUUUUCUCUCUGGUGGGGCCAGUGCGACUCUUACCCUUGGCCUUGUGUCCUGGUGCAACACUGUCACCAAUCACAACACCCGACCAUACAGUUGUGCCGAGUCUCAGUCAGUGCCACUCUACUUGGAUGUGGAAACGUCCUCAUUCUACUCAGAGCUUACCUGUGCACAGAUCUCUCUGUGGUGUGUAACAGCUCUGUGGUUGGCUCAAUCCAUUUUGUCCUUCCUGAGACUUUACCACUCUCACAGCCAGCAGAUUAGUGGACCUUGUCUGCUCAGAGAAAAGGAGCUUCUGUUGGGCCAAUCUCAUGUAGAUUGUCCAUGCCAACACCCUCAUUCCCCCACCUGCUGUUUUUGUUUAGUCUCCUAA